UCCCGCUCCGGACUCGGACUCCGGCUCCUCUUGCCGUCCGCAACCUCCGCUGCCGCCGCUGCACUACCUAUUCGCUGGCUGCUCAGGUGGCUGUCGCUUCGAUGUCCUAAUCCAGGGGCCCCCGGGCCAGACUCGGCUGGGCUCCCUUCACCCUCCCUUCACCAUGAAGGCGACUCUGCAGGUGCUGGGCUUCCUUCUCAGCCUGGCCCGGGGUUCCGAGAUGGGCAACUCUCAGGCAGUGUGUCCUGGGACGCUGAACGGGCUGAGCGUGACGGGUGACGCGGAGAAUCAGUACCAGACGUUGUACAAGCUCUACGACCGGUGUGAGGUGGUGAUGGGCAACCUGGAGAUUGUGCUCACAGGGCACAACGCUGACCUCUCCUUCCUGCGGUGGAUCCGAGAAGUGACAGGCUAUGUCCUCGUGGCAAUGAACGAAUUCUCUACACUACCCUUGCCUAACCUCCGAGUGGUCCGGGGAACCCAGGUGUACGACGGGAAGUUUGCCAUCUUUGUCAUGUUGAAUUACAACACCAACUCCAGCCAUGCCCUGCGCCAGCUCCGCUUCACUCAGCUAACUGAGAUUCUGUCAGGGAGUGUUUAUAUUGAGAAGAAUGACAAACUUUGCCAUAUGGAUACAAUUGAUUGGAGCGACAUCGUGAGGGUCCGAGGGGCUGACAUCGUGGUGAAGAACAACGGGAAAAAUUGUCCACCCUGUCAUGAGGCCUGCAAGGGGCGAUGCUGGGGGCCUGGACCAGAAGACUGCCAGAUAUUGACCAAGACCAUCUGUGCCCCUCAGUGUAACGGUCAUUGCUUUGGGCCCAACCCCAACCAGUGCUGCCAUGACGAGUGUGCAGGAGGCUGCUCUGGACCCCAGGACACGGAUUGCUUUGCCUGCCGACACUUCAAUGACAGUGGGGCCUGUGUGCCUCGCUGUCCACAACCUCUUGUGUAUAACAAGCUAACGUUCCAGCUUGAGCCCAACCCCCACACCAAGUAUCAGUACGGAGGGGUCUGCGUUGCCAACUGUCCCCAUAACUUUGUGGUUGACCAGACAUCUUGUGUCAGGGCCUGCCCUCCUGACAAGAUGGAAGUAGAUAAAAAUGGACUCAAGAUAUGUGAGCCUUGCGGAGGAUUGUGCCCAAAAGCCUGUGAGGGGACAGGCUCUGGAAGCCGCUACCAGACCGUGGACUCUAGCAACAUCGAUGGGUUUGUGAACUGCACCAAGAUCCUGGGCAACCUGGACUUCCUCAUCACUGGCCUCAACGGAGACCCCUGGCACAAGAUCCCUGCUCUGGACCCAGAGAAGCUCAAUGUUUUCAGGACAGUACGGGAGAUCACAGGAUACCUGAACAUCCAGUCCUGGCCCCCACACAUGCAGAACUUCAGUGUUUUCUCCAACCUGACAACCAUCGGGGGCAGAAGCCUCUACAACCGGGGUUUCUCCUUGCUGAUCAUGAAGAACUUGAACGUCACCUCGCUGGGCCUCCGGUCCCUGAAGGAAAUCAGUGCUGGGCGUGUCUACAUCAGUGCCAACCAGCAGCUCUGCUACCACCACUCUCUGAACUGGACGAGGCUGCUUCGGGGCCCUCCGGAAGAGAGACUUGACAUCAAGUAUAACCGGCCUCGAAGAGACUGUGUGACCUCUCUCUGUGUUCCCCACGGCAGGGAACCUCGUGAGUUUGCCCAGGAGGGUGAAUGUUUCUCCUGCCACCCCGAAUGCCUACCCAUGGAGGGCAUCAGCACGUGCAAUGGCUCGGGCUCUGACGCCUGUGCUCGCUGUGCCCAUUUCCGUGACGGCCCCCACUGUGUGAACAGCUGCCCCAAUGGAAUCCUAGGUGCCAAGGGUCCAAUCUACAAGUAUCCAGAUGCUCAAAAUGAAUGUCGGCCCUGCCAUGAAAACUGCACCCAGGGGUGUAAGGGACCAGAACUACAAGACUGUUUAGGCCAAACAGAGGUAUUAAUGAGCAAAACUCAUCUGGCCAUGGCUGGGAUGGUCGCACUGCCCGUGGCUCUUCUGAUUCUGGGAGGCUCUUUUCUCUAUUGGCGUGGACGCAGGAUUCAGAAUAAGAGGGCUAUGAGGCGCUACCUGGAACGGGGUGAGAGCAUCGAGCCUCUGGACCCCAGCGAGAAGGCAAACAAAGUCUUAGCCAGAAUCUUCAAAGAGCCAGAGCUGAGGAAGCUUAAAGUGCUGGGUUCUGGUGUCUUUGGAACCGUACACAAGGGGAUUUGGAUCCCUGAGGGUGAAUCCAUCAAGAUUCCAGUCUGCAUUAAAGUCAUGGAGGACAAGAGUGGACGGCAAAGUUUCCAGUCUGUGACUGACCAUAUGCUGGCCAUUGGUAGCCUAGACCACGCCCACAUCGUGCGGCUCCUGGGGCUGUGCCCAGGAUCAUCGCUGCAGCUUGUCACUCAGUACUUGCCUCUGGGCUCCCUCCUUGACUACGUGAGACAGCACCGCGCAGCCCUGGGACCACAGCUGCUGCUCAACUGGGGAGUACAAAUUGCCAAGGGUAUGUAUUACCUCGAGGAACACAGCAUGGUGCACAGGGACCUGGCGCUCCGCAAUGUGCUGCUCAAGUCACCUAGUCAGGUGCAGGUGGCCGACUUUGGUGUGGCUGACCUGCUGCCACCGGAAGACAAGCAGUUACUACACAGUGAGGCCAAGACUCCUAUUAAGUGGAUGGCCCUCGAGUGUAUCCACUUCGGAAAAUACACACACCAGAGUGAUGUCUGGAGUUACGGUGUCACCGUCUGGGAGUUGAUGACUUUUGGGGCAGAGCCCUAUGCGGGGCUGAGACUGGCUGAGAUACCAGACCUGCUGGAGAAGGGCGAGCGGCUGGCACAGCCCCAAAUCUGCACCAUUGACGUCUACAUGGUCAUGGUCAAGUGUUGGAUGAUUGAUGAGAAUAUUCGCCCGACCUUUAAAGAGCUAGCCAAUGAGUUCACCAGGAUGGCCCGUGACCCACCGCGAUAUCUGGUGAUAAAGAGAGAGAGUGGGCCUGGAAUACCUCCUGGGGCAGAGCCCUCUGCUCUCACAAACAAAGAGCUGGAGGAAGUAGAGCUGGAGCCUGAACUGGAUCUCGACCUAGACCUGGAGGCAGAGGAGGACAGCCUGGCGACCACACUGGGUUCUGCCCUCAGCUUACCAGUGGGAACACUUACCCGGCCACGUGGGAGCCAGAGUCUUUUAAGCCCCUCGUCUGGAUACAUGCCCAUGAACCAGAAUAAUCUCGGGGAGGCUUGUCUGGAUUCUGCAGUUUUUGGGGGUAGUGAACAGUGCCCUCGUCCCAUCUCUCUGCACCCAAUCCCACGGGGACGUCUGACGUCAGAGUCAUCAGAGGGCCAUGUGACAGGCUCUGAGGCUGAGCUCCAGGAGAAAGUAUUGAUGUGUAGAAGCCGAAGCCGAAGUCGGAGCCCUCGGCCACGUGGAGACAGUGCCUACCAUUCCCAGCGACACAGCUUGCUGACUCCUGUCACCCCGCUGUCCCCACCAGGGUUAGAGGAAGAGGAUGUCAAUGGCUAUGUCAUGCCAGAUACACACCUUAAAGGUACAUCCUCCUCCCGGGAAGGUACGCUUUCUUCAGUAGGUCUCAGUUCUGUGCUGGGUACCGAAGAGGAAGACGAAGAUGAGGAGUAUGAGUACAUGAACCGGAAGAGAAGGAACAGUCCACCACGGCCCCCUAGGCCCGGUUCCCUUGAGGAGCUGGGUUACGAGUACAUGGAUGUGGGCUCAGAGCUCAGUGCCUCUCUGGGCAGUACACAGAGCUGCCCACUGCAUCCUAUGGCCAUCGUGCCAUCUGCUGGUACAACUCCAGAUGAGGACUAUGAGUAUAUGAACCGCAGGCGUGGUAUAGGUGGUGCCGGGGGUGAUUACGCCGCCAUGGGGGCCUGCCCAGCAGCGGAACAAGGGUAUGAAGAGAUGCGAGCCUUCCAGGGGCCUGGACAUCAUGCCCCCCAUGUUCGUUAUGCCCGCCUCAAAACUCUGCGCAGUUUAGAAGCCACUGACUCUGCCUUUGACAACCCUGACUACUGGCACAGCAGGCUUUUCCCCAAGGCUAAUGCCCAGAGAACUUAACCUCUGCUCCUUGAGACUCUCAGGGAGCAUCUGAUGGCAGCUAGUGCCUCUUGAGGGUACCCCUCCCUCACCCUCUCCCUCGGGUCCCACCCCCAUUUCUCCAGCCAUAGACAAUGCCGUCCAGUCUUCGGAGACUUGUACACAUAUCCUUACGCAAUUUUUGUGGUACGUAGCCAGCGGUGCACUUUCUCCUCUUCUCCAGCCCCAGGAGAAGAGAAGGUUUUCCUGUUUGCCCACUUUCCCAAUCCCAUUCCUCAUCUUCCUCAGGGAGACUCCUGGAGAUAUGAAGGGUUACUCUCUAAGCCCCUUUCUCUCCGCUCUUACUUGGUAUUGUUAGAUGGCCUUGUUUCUCAUCAGACUGUCCUAAGGAAGAGAAGAGGACAUAGAGCUUCCAUAGGAAGGAAGAGGAAAGGAAAUUUUUGGCUCGUGAGACCACAUCCCAUGGAAAGAUUGAGAAACUUAAAGCUUUUUUUUGGUUUUUCGAGACAGGGUUUCUCUGUGGCUUUGGAGCCUG